AUGCAUAAAAGAACAUCGACUCCAUCAAAAAAUAAUUCAUAUUCAUUUGAUUCGAUUUUAUUACAAUCAAAGAAACAACCCAUGUGCAUACAAACAGAUGUAAUUGAAAAAUAUUCAAAAAGUACAAAUACACCGAACUCUUUCGAUGAUAUUAUAAUGCAAGGAAACCAUAUGAAUGAUAAUGAAUUUGAAAAAUUUGUUAAAAGUCAUGCACCAGACUGCUAUUGGCAAAUAUUAGCUGAACGUACUCGUAUAAAACUUGAAGGUCAAUUACGAGAAAAUCGACAACUUCAUGAAUUACUUGAUGAAUUAACUAAAGAAAAUGAAAAAUUACAAAGUAAAAGUGAACAAUGUGAAUAUUUAACAAAUAUUUUUAAUUCAAUAAUGUCUGAACAUGAUAGUGGCAUUGAACUACAUAUUAUCGAUGAAUCUCCAGCAUCGAAACGACAAAAAGUUUACAGUUAA